UGAUGCGUUUUCUUCCUAGCAAAGGACUAAAAAAUAAAAACUUCAGAACUCAAGCUCUGAUGUCAUUUCCGCACACAACUGUCAUGGCUGAACUUUCUGCCCGUCUGCUUCUCGUAAGAAAAAUUCGAUCAGAAAGAUGAUAAACUGCAGAAGGAACAGAAGAAACAGCUUUUAGAGCUAUACCUGUAGUCUUGUAUCUUGUGAGCACCUUUUGUGUUGGGUGCCAUCUCUUGAAAACUGUGAAUAGACUGGGACUUUGCAUACAUGUUUCACCUGCCCAGUGUGGAUUUUAGCUGUGACAGUUAUAUAGGGGGGAAGUUUUUCAAGAAUGUUUGCAAAACUGAAGAAGAAAAUCAUCGAAGAGAAUGGAGGGGGUACAGAUGGAGGAGAGAGACUGUCUGCAGCUACUCCUAGCAACCACAGCCCUGCUCGACGCAGUUCAGGAACCCCUGCUAUACAUGGUGCUGCAGUUCAAGGAGCGUUGGCUUCAAACAGCCCUACUGCUAAAGACCCAUCCAUUGGGUCCUCCAGUCCUGUCCAAAUUUUGGUACCCAGCAGUGAAAUUUCAGGAAGAGAAGGAAGUGUAACAUGGGAUGAGCUGACAGCCCAGCUGGCAAAGCGCACAGAGCAAUGCAAGAAGAUGGAGGGCAACAUCAGCGAUCUUGCUGCCCUGAUAAAAGAUAAAAAUCGAAUCAUUGAGCGUCUAGAAGCCCAGAUUUCACAGCACCAGGCAGUAUUGAUGCAGAAGCUUGCUGAGCAGAAGUCAGACUUUGAGGCUUACAGGGACAAGUUAAUAGCAGGUUACCAACAAGACAAACUAGCUUUAGAGAAGGAAAGGCAAGAGCUAAACAAACAGCUAAAGGAGGCGCAGGAAUACAAAGACAAGUACUUGAAACGAGAGGCUGAUGUCGAUGAGGUGCAGGACCUGGCAACUCAGGAACUGGCAAAAGUGAAACACAUGCUGCUCAUUAAACAGGAUGAAUUAGAGGAAUGUCAGACUAAACUUUCCAACAAGACACGGGACAUGGAAACAGAAGAGGCCUUGAGGAAAAGACUGGAGAAGGAACUGACACAGACUUCAGAGAAAGCGGUUUAUUUAGAGGCAGAAUGUGAACGUCUUAAGGAAGAUAACAAAGAGCGCGCAGAGCUUGUGACUUCCCUUACUAAGGAGAAAUCUGUCUUUGAUCGACGGUUGGAUCAACUCAACAACGAACUGACAGAAAAACAUAAACAGAUGGCAGACCUGAACCGGCAGCUGUAUGAACUAGAUAGCAAACACCGAGCACUGGAGCAUAGUUCUGAGCAACAUAGGAACAAAAUGAUCCAAGAGACCUCAAAGCUGCUUGAAGAAAAAGAGGAUCACAUCGAAACUCUACGAGACAGAGUGGCAACGCUGGAGCAGCGCCUCCGAGACCAUGACCUGUCUGGAGAUGAACAGCUAACAGCUCUACAGAAUGAGAGAGAUGGACUGGAGAAAAAGCUAGGGGAGGCCAAGCAACAGCUGAUGGAAAUCAAGUCUACCUGGAGUGACAAGAUCUCUCAUCUGGAAGCACAGAUCUCGCACCUUAACUCAAAGAUAGUGGAAGACAAUGAAGAACUGGCCAGUAGUCAGCGUGCCACAGACACCAUGAGGGACAAUUUCCAGCGACAGAUUGAAGAGCUGCGAAGCAGACUUGAGGAUGCAGAGAAACGAGCUUUAGAGAAUUUUGAGUUGGUCUCAAGUAAUGAAACUCACUAUGAGCGACAGAUUCAUGACCUUGAGGGACAGUUGACUUGUGCACGUCUGACAGCUGUUGAAGCAGAGACACACUUACGGGGGAAAAUCACCUCACUGGAGAUGCAGCUGACCGACCUUGAGACAGCACGACAGACAGAGCAGAACGAAAGUCGGCACAAAAUUGAGAAACUAGAGGAGCAAUAUGCUGAAGCAGUCACACGAGAACUCAAGCAUGAACAGAGUUUGAGGGCAUCAGAAAGUCUGGCUGAUAGAUUUCAGAAAGAACUGGUGGACAAACAGGAGGAGAUCAAAAAAUUGCAACAAGAUUUAGAAAACAAAUGCCAGUCAGACAUGGGAAAAGGUCAAAAGGUUGUAGAACUAGAGCUACAGGUUCAACAGCUACAGACACAGGUAGACAAAGGCAACACAGAGCUUUCUACUGUCAGAAGGCGGUUAUCACUUAAUGAACAAGAAAAGGGGGAACUGAUGGUGCGAAAUGCGCAGCUAUCACAGCAGUUGACAAGUCAGCAACACCAGCACACCCAGCAGAUGCAGGAGCUUCAGCAGGCCUUGCAGGAUCAAGAGCAGAUAAUUAGGAAACAGGAGGCCACAGUUCAGGAGCUGAACACAUCUCUGGCAGCCUUGCAACAUCAGGUUGAGGAGCUGAAGUGUUCUCAGGUAAAAUCAGAGACUACAGAGGAGCUACACAAAGUUAUUCUUGACCUGCAAGACCAACUAGCAGAUAAGACACGGACACUGAAGAAACAGGAGCAGACUGUGAAGGACUUGCGGCAGACUCUGCAACGGGAGCUCAAAAUUCAGACUCUCCCAAAUGAUGAUGCUAGUGAUGACAGCACCAUUCCCUCCCCUGCAAUGGUUCGCAAACUUUAUCCUCAGAAAGGCACUGGCAUUAGUAAUGCUUCUGCUUCCAACAUGGGCUUCUCCACAGGAUCUCAGUUUUCAUCUGCAUCAUCGCCUUCAUCGGCAGCAACAUUAUCGCUGUCAUCUUCCACAACUGCUGCUGUGAAACCCAUGACUGUCUCAUCAGUGACGCAAAUUUCUGACACUCGUGGUAUGGUGGUACGCAGAGACCUCGAGCAAGAUAUCAACUUUCAGUACCUCAAACAUGUUGUGCUCAAGUUCAUGCUCAGCAGGGAGUCCGAGGCAGUGCAGUUGAUAAAAGCUGUGGCAGUGCUGCUUAACUUCAGUAACCAGGAGCAACAGCUUAUUAAGCAGAACCUGGAGUGGAAAAUGUCAUGGUUUGGAUCUCGUCCCAGCAUGGGCAAGGGCCAGAUGGCCAAGAUGGUGCCUCCCUCCUACUGAUCUCACCUCUGCCGGGAAUCUCGAUGUUAGGUCAACCUGAUGAUCAUUGUGCAGAGUAAAAUCUCAAGCAAUAAUAAUGUGACAGGGAAGUUUGAGAGAACUUUUGCUGAAACAGAUUGUGCUAGAUAAUGAUUGUGAUGCUAGUUGUUUGUGGUGGUUGCUGUGAUUGAUAAGAGGAUAAAUACUUUAAUAAAUUGCACCAAGACAGUUUCAGCUUGACAUAAACGGAAGUAAAAAAGAAUGCUGAAAUUUGGAACCUGCAUACAUUGGUCUCAGUUCAAUCUCAUUUCCGCUUUGAAGAAUUCCACCCAAGCCAUUUCACCACAAAAAAAUGAUCUAUUUAAAUUUAGGAGAAUUUUGGUUGAAAGGAGAGUUUAGUCACUUUAAUUAGUGAAUGCCUUAUCAGUGCAGAGUUCUAAUGAUUUUGUUUUUACUUUCUUAAUUUUGUUUAUGGUUUUUUUAUAUAUAUUAUAAUGAAGAAAAGUCAGGAAUAUCUGUUUUUAGUAACACUGUGAUUCUUACAUGUGCAACUUGACCACCUUCACUGAAGGGUCAGCAAGAGUAUAGCUCCCUGAUCUUUGCAUCAGUAACUUGACUCCCUCAUCAGUGGUUACCUGGGUGUGACAGUAUCUUGGCUGCAUUGUUUGAGCAUACCGGCAACUUAGGUACACGUGCCUUCAUGUUGUUUCUUGUCUUCUUCUCACCAGUAGUAUCAGCUUCAUACCCAUCUGCAUUUAGAACAGCCUUUCGGUGCAUCAAAACAUUUCUUGCAAAGUACAGGUCUGUUAUGUCCAGCCAGUCACCAAUACAGUGAAGGUUGGCUUUCCUCUUGGGCACACUGUUCUUUCUCUGCAUGUGGCAUCUGUUUACUGCCUUGCUGUGAUACAGCCUUAGUUGCUGGAUCGGCAUAAAACACCAGUUGCCUGCCCACCCCCACCUCCUUCCCCUCUGUUUUGUCCAGCUUAUCAUGAACCUUUUGGUGUUAACUCUUGGUAGGGGUGGGGGGGAAGGUUGUGUAAAAACAGCUUACUCCAAGUAGUACUUGGGAUUAAUGUUGCAUCUAGGGUUAAAUCAUGUUCUAGCAAGUUUUUCUUGGGGGCUAACCAUUUUUUAUUUACAUAAAAUUCCAAGCCCUAGUAGACCAUUUCAUCUAAAAUUCUGAACCUAAAUAACACAAGGUGUUAACCUGUAUAACGUAAAAUUUCAAGGCUUAGUAAUACUUAGAACCACCCAUUUGUUACAUAAAUUUCGAGCUCAAGUAGUACUUGGCAAGGAGUGUUUUGCAUACUUGGGGCGGAUAUGAAACAGCAAUCUUUUGAAUUGUUUUCAUAACAGGUUUUAAACACAAGAAUAUCAGACCUUAGCCCUACACGAGUUUAUUUUAAUCUCCAUGUUGGUACCUCCUGAACAGUUACUUGAGCCUCAUAUCUCAUAUUCUGAAAAUAUUAUGGUGGUGGUUUGCAAGUUCUGAGCUAUAUUGUUACCAUUGUAGUGAUCUCCAUUUUAUGCUACAUUUGUCAUCUUUGCAUUACUUUAUGCUAAUUUUUACUCUUUGUCUUUCCACUUUUGUAGCUUUUAUUUUUUGUCUCAUUUUAAAAACUUUUUGUUUUUGUUGAUCUCUCUUUAAUGGUUUGAGCACUGCUGCGAUAAGGUGGUGUAUUGUUGUUUGGAUUAGAAUGUGAACUAGCAACAUGAGGGAGGCAUUUGAGAGAUGAUGGAAGUGUUUUGCUGGCUAAGUAGGAUUGAGCCUUGUGAUGGGUUUUACCUUUCUUUACAAUCAUGUAUAGCCUGGGUUUGUGGAAUUACCUGGUUGCAAAGAUGGUGAGAACUGGUAUCCAUUGUAAAAGAUCCUGUGUAAAGACUGCCUCAAGGUUUCUCUUGAGCAACAAUUUCCAUUUGAUUUUUUCCUUAAUGUCACACAUAUUUUGUUGAACUACAGGUGGUUUAUUUCAAGAACAGAUAUUUUUUUUAGCUGCUGCUUGACACAAAAUGCUGGUAGGAAUAGAAGAGUAAGCGCAGUUAUUUACUAAAGUAUGUGUGCAGAGACUGUUAAGUUUAGGGUCACCUGUGAUUUUUCAUGACUAACUUGCAAGCGUGUAUACAAACACAGGUGCUGAACGGCAGCUGAUGACCAGCCUCAAUUUUUGGCAUACAUGACCUACUUAUUUUGUCCCUUGGAAAGGGAAAAUGUCACAUUGUACUUGUGGUACAGAAGUGGGACUCAGCAUCGGGAGGUCUUAUUUUACAGUUGAAAUCUUUCAAAACAAUGUAUAUAUUUAUUCCUGAUGUUUAUGCUUACUUUUUUGCUUAUUAUGUGUAGAUUUUUAAAAGUGUGCAAAUGAACAGCUGUGUGCAGUGUGAGAAUGACGGUGCUUGCUGGUGGAAAUGUGUAUAUGCCUUAACAUGUUUUUAUGUCAGUGGAGGAAGACUUUUCCGUCAUGCUAAUUGUGAGGGGUUUAUGUAGCAUGCAGUGCACAAAGAAGUGAUUUAGGAUUAUGCUAUUUGACUUCAGGACUGAUUUUCUAAAUAAGAGUACUCUAAUUUUGGUCAGCAAGCCCGGUGCUUGAUGUUUUCUGAGAGGAUUCUAAAUCGAUUUUAUGGUGCACACCAUUUCAGAUCUUGUGACCCAUUACAUUUAUUUAUUGAAAGUUCUGUUACUAAACUCUUAACUGCAGAUGUCUAUCUUAAGUCAUUGUACAUCUGUAUUUUUCUUCCAAGCACUUAAAAUCUUUGCACAGUACUUGCGAUUGUUUAUGACUGCUGGAUGAUGCUUUGCAACUACACAUUACUUGGAGAAGUGCUUCCAGCAUGAAUCCCUGUACAUCAAAAGUCAUUUUAUCAAACUUACCAAUGUUGUUCAGAUUAAAUUUCCACAGGGAAGGUU